AACAGUUCUACAAUUCAGUAUAUCUUUUCAUCACAAAGUAACGUGAAUUAAUAAACUUAACUAAACGAGACAUUCCUAACAAAAUUUUGCAGUGACAAAAUGUUAAAAUACAAUUUUUUUAUUUUAAUUUUUUUUGGAAUUUUUAUUCCGAAUAUAAUAAAAGCCAUGCCAAAAAAUAACGAAGACAGGUGCAAUUUGAUCAAAGCUUUAUACAACUUGAAAAAAGAGGAGAAAGCAUUGAUGGUUUUUCAAGGAAAAGACAAAAAGAAAAAUGAUUUAGUUAACUACUAUAUAAAAUAUGUACCCGAAAUAAGUUACAAUGAAGCAGUCGAUUUUAUGGAAAAAAAUUAUCUGAGAGAUGCACCAACCUUUGGUUCUUUGAAUGCAACUGAUGUAGUGCAGUUUCGGGAAAGUUGGCUGGAUGAACUAAAUUAUGGAAUGUCUGUGGCGUGUUUUAAAGAAGGAUCAAAAGAAAUUAUUGGUUUAAGCAUACUGUAUAAAAGAAUCAAGUAUCCUUGGGAUCAAAGUCCUCAAUUAACUAAUGGAUUUAAUGUAUUCGAACAUUACGGAGUUAGCGAAUACUUAAGAGGCAGUGGUAUGGUCGUUUCGUCGGAUUAUCGGGGACGCGGCAUUGGGAAGAAGCUUGUUGAGUGUCGAGAAAUAGUUUGUAAAGAUCAUGGUUUAACAAUCACAUCAAGUUUAUUUACAACAAAGUAUUCAAAUAAAAUAGCCAAUGAUUGCGGAUUUGAGACAAAUAUAGUCAGAGGUUAUUCUGACAGUGGCAUGGAAAAUCUUUCGAUUUUGAAAUCAAAGCGGUAUAAUUUUGCAUCGAGUUCAAAUUCUCAAAAUAAUCGACGAAAUAUAAUGUGUUUUUAAAUUUUAAAUAAAGUAAAACACCUUUUUGACUUUGCAUAUUCGAUUGUUACGUUGACGUUGACGUCACAUUCGCUACUUUGCGGAGGAGACUGAAAAAAUAGUAUUCUUCUCUUCGAUGUAAAUUCAGCUGUGCAUACAUGUGUAUUGUGUAAUUGUAAUUGACAUUGCUAAAGUUCAUUUUUAAGAAAAGAGUUCAGUAAUAUAAAACGUCUCAUUGUUUUUGGCAAACUCAAAAUAAAGGUGUUAUAUUUCAAACUUUAAUCUCAAUAA